UGCUCAACAGAUGACAACCGAAACGAACGCCCCAGUUAUAUUAAUCACAACACACAAGACGAACCUUUCAAUUGAAUAAUUUUUCCUAUAGAAUAGCAUUAUCUCUGCAUUCGUGCAGUUCCGUUUAUUGUCUCAUGGUCACUGAUCAAACCAGUGCAGAUGUACUAAGCCUUCGCCUUAUUUCAUAGAAGAAAAUUAAAAGCAAGUGUCAACAGAUAACUCGAGUGACCCCAAGAUGGUAAAUAACCAGAAACAUUCAAUUUAGAAGUUUAUUGUGUCUGCGUGUCUUUGUUUUACAAUGGAUGCCAUCCAAGUAACGAACGACGAAAUUGUCAAAGUGCGAAAACACUUCAAAGUGAAAGAGGAUGACAUAAAACGCGACGUGAAGAUAAUAAUCGAGUGGUUAAAACAACAACAACAUUUACCUAAAAUUGACGACGAAAACUUCAUCGAGCGUUGCUUAUUAAGAAAUAAAUUUCGUGUCGAACAAACCAAACAAAAAUUAGAUGGAUACUGUACUCUGCGGGGUGUUCACCUCAACAUGUUUGAGGACUGGAAGUCCAUUAUACCGUCACGAGAACUGACGAUAACUCUGCCGUUACCGAAGUUGACGCCGACUUUGGAACGUGUGAUAAUUUGGAAACUCAGGUCUUCAGAUCCUAAUGAUUAUGAUAUUGUCAGUAUUGUGAAGUAUAAUCUACUUCUGUUUGAAAUUUUGAUUAGGAAUGACUAUGCUGUGGGAGACAGGUUCGUGGCGGAUUUUACUGGACAUACUGCUGCGACUAUAGCGAGGAAUAAUCCACUCAUUAUAUCCAAGUUUCUCUCUUUGUAUCAAGGCGCCUAUUCUGGCCGUUUCGUCGGCUGCGAUUUUAUUAACGCUCCGCCUUUUAUCAACCUCUUACUUUCAAUACUAAAAAAAUUGCUUCCUUCUAAGCUGUACGGAAGGAUUCGCAUUCACAAAGAUCUGAAGUCGUUCCAUAAAGUGAUUCCGAAAGAGUGUCUGCCGCACGAUUACGGCGGCGAUCUUGAUACUGUGGAAAAUUUAAUCGCGAAAUGGGAUAAAGUAUUUGAACAUAAUCAGCCCGUGUUUGAAGAGAAUCUGAAGAUUGUUUCGAACGAGAAUCUGAGAUUGGGAACUAAUAAACCGAGUGAUAUGUUCGGAGUGGCGGGGACGUUCAAGCAGCUGAACCUCGAUUGAAAAAUAAGGGUAGUAGGAGAAUUAUAGUUUAGAAAAAUAUAUACAAUGUUAACUUGCAAUUUGGAAAAAUAUGUGUUUGUUGUUAGGGUUCUUGAAUUAAAAUUUUAUUUUUAAUAAAUAUGUCUAAGUAA